UGGCUUUUGUAAAUUAGGCUUUGAAGUUCCAGAGGCAAUAUUAGCCAGAGGCAGUGAGGCUCUGAAGGUUUUUAACGAGGAAUUACAAGAAGGAAGGAUCACAGUAAACCAUGCACGAUUAAUGGUGACAGGCAAAGAGGGGGUGGGAAAGACUUGUUUGGUAAACACUCUGCUUGAAAGAACAUUUAAUGAAGAAGAACCAUCGACUGAUGGAAUAGUGUUGACGACUGCUUUUCAAACUACUGAUAUAAGUAGUGUGUGGAAAGAGGCAGAGGACAUGGACGAAUGUGAACGGAUCAAGGAUAUACUUGAUAAUGCAUUAGAAAGUAAAGUGGCCGAGAAAUUGAAACAAAUGAGAAGCCAAGCAGAGGCAGCUGAACCAGUACAAGCAUCAGCAGGAAAGUCAACACCUGUACCUCUACUGGUACACGCCCCUAAAAAGGAAAGUCGCAGCAAACCAGGUACAUCCUCUACACCUAUAUUGCCAUCUGUGCCUGUUCCAGUUAAGGUCAAUGAGCCAAGCCAAGCACUGCCAUCAGAAAGGCAAAAAAGAAUAAUUGACAGAAUGAUUGGAAAGGCCUCUGCAUCAACUAGUAAUGAGGACAUGACUUACAUUUGGGACUUUGCUGGCCAGCAGCUCUACUAUAUUACACAUCGAGUAAGCUUUGAAGUUCCAGAGGCAAUAUUAGCCAGAGGCAGUGAGGCUCUGAAGGUUUUUAAUGAGGAGUUACAAGAAGGAAGGAUCACAGUCAACCAUGCUCGAUUAAUGGUGACAGGCAAAGAGGGGGUGGGCAAGACUUGUUUGGUAAACACUCUGCUUGAAAGAACAUUUAAUGAAGAAGAACCAUCGACUGAUGGAAUAGUGUUGACGACUGCUUUUCAAACUACUGAUAUAAGUAGUGUGUGGAAAAAGGCAGAGGACAUGGACGAAUGUGAACGGAUCAAGGAUAUACUUGAUAUUGCAUUAGAAAGUAAAGUGGCAGAGAAAUUGAAACAAAUGAGAAGCCAAGCAGAGGCAGCUGAACCAGUACAAGCAUCAGCAGGAAAGUCAACACCUGUACCUCCACUGGUACACGCCCCUAAAAAGGAAAGUCGCAGCAAACCAGGUACAUCCUCUACACCUAUAUUGCCAUCUGUGCCUGUUCCAGUUAAGAGAAAAGUCAGUGACCCAAGCCAAGCACAGCUGCCAUCAGAAAGGCAAAAACGAAUAAUUGACAGAAUGAUUGGAAAGGCCUCUGCAUCAACUAGUAAUGAGGACAUGACUUACAUUUGGGACUUUGCUGGCCAGCAGCUCUACUAUAUUACACAUCGAAUAUUCCUAACAAGUGAAGCAGUGUAUUUGAUUUUGUUCAAUUUGAUGGAAGGUAUGCACGACAAGGGGAAGUGUAGAGUCUCCAGAAUGGUAAAACAAGAUGUGAUGACAUAUGAUAUGACAAAUGUACAGAUUAUCAAAUACUGGAUGAGGUUGAUAUAUACUUAUGCUGUCCCUGUUGAGUCACAAGCACAGGCUACACUGCAAGCCAAGAAACCUCAAAUUGUGCUGGUUGGUACUCACAGCGAGAGCCUACAGGGUACCGCUGAAGACAAGAAGAAGAAGAUUGAAGAACAGUUUGGUAUAAUAUUUGAAGAAAUCGAAGUGAUAACAAACCCACGGAAGCUGAUUGACAUCUUAAAGAAAAUUAUCACAGUGGUGGAACCUGAUGACAGUGAUAAGUGGGCUUCAAUGAUCAAGCUGUGGGAGAAACUUGAUAAUGAAGGUAUACUGGAGGAAGAGUUAGUCAGACAUCUUUGGAGAGAUGAGAUUAGCAAAGAUGAAUCUAGCUUUGAGGUCUUCUUGGAGUUAAUGAAGCAGUUUGGACUGCUCUGCGAGCAGAUCAAGCAUCAGGCAAGCAAAUAUCGCUCGUUUUUCGUACCAUGUCGAUUGAAACGUAGCAAGGACAAUGUGUCUAUUGAACCGGACACAGCUCAGAUGGUAUCUAUCUACAUGGCCUCCAAGGAUUUCAUCCCUGAUAGUGUCUUCCAUCCUCUAGUUGUGAGCUUGAUUGGAAUGGUACAAGACAUGGGCUACCCAGCCAUGCUGGAAUUAUUUAGCAAGUAUGCAGACAUCAGCCUAGGACUGGAACACACUCUCAGCUUAGGACCAGUAGUCAUUAAUAACAAGCCCUCAUUGAAGCUGGAAAUAUCACGAAUGCCUAUCAUUCACGAGGACAAUACCAAGACAUCAACAGGUGAACCCAGUCCUAGAAUCUGUAUGCAGGUGUUAGAGUUUCUGAAGAAAGAGAUGGAAGUGCUGACAUCUGGAAUGAAGCACACACGUUAUAAGUUCCGUGUGCUGUGCUGGACAGGUUUGCGAGAAAUGCACUUCCACGAUUUGGAAGAGUGCCUUGAAAAUGCCUAUAUCCGAUGCUCUAAGAAAUUAGCAACCACUGCCAAACUACAGAGGAUGUUCAAGAAUAAGCAACUAGUGACAGAUUCUUCAAUGCCAGCAGCAGGUUCCAGCGAUGCUGAAACAGCGCCACCAGAUGAACGUCUUGGUUAUCUUGAAGACAGGCACCUGCUUCGUAUCGCCAAGGGCAUGGGAAUGGAGUGGAAACAACUGGGCGUCAGAUUGGGUCUUAGUUGGAAGAUGAUCCAACAAAUAUGGAGUGAUAACAGACGAUUGUUUGACUCCAUUAUGGAUAUGCUUACAGAAUGGAGGAAACAACAGAACUAUGAGAAAAAUCAAGUUCAGAUAAUGUGCAGAGCUUUGAAAGAACAAGGACUCACAGAGCUUGCUAACAAAAUCUUUGGCUCUCAAAUGUCAGAGGUUAAAGAAGCCAAUGCAAAUGCAGGUGAAGAUACGAGAGAAUACAAUGACAUAUGUAUGCGUGAGGAAGAAGAAAAAGAGCAAAGUGAGCUCCUUGUGAGUCAAGCAAGAGGUCAUCAGUAUGUCAAGCAAAGCAAGCACACAGCUAGUGAAGGUUCCCAUUCAAGCAUAGACCUACAGCCAAUGAAAGAAAUGUCAGAGCGGCAAUUCCGUGUUCUUAAAAUGGUUGUCUCAAAUUGGUAUACGGAAAAUAAAUGCCUUACUAUGUUGAAAGUGCUUUUCAGAGAUAUGGUGGACAAUAUGAAACUAGCAGUAAGAACUAACACGAUAGACUUGAUUAAUGAAUUGGUGACACAGGGCAAGAUGAGUGCAAAGGACCCUACUCUACUGUAUGAUACCAUCAGUAUAACUGGACAUAAUAUUGCACUGCAAACUAAGAUUAAGGAAAAACUACCAUCAUUCCAAGAUGUAGAAGGAGGAACUGUUUCAACAAAUUUCACAGCUCAUCGACAAAAGCUGAUGAAAUUGGGGAAGAAUUUGAAACAAGCUGAUGUGAUGGCUAUCGAUGGAUUGUACAAUACACCUCGUAAGACAUACGAAGACAGUUGGAGUAUGAUCACUGAUCUAGAAGACAGACUGGAAAUCAGCGAAGGAAAUAUGGAUGAAUUCAUCGAGUCAUUGAAAAUUCUUGAACUUCCUCUUGCAUUGAAAGCACUAACAGACUAAAAGAGAAUAGAUCAUUAUCCUAUCCUACUUUUAUUCAAAUGAGGACUACAGUAUAUAAUUCAUAUCAACAGGUGAACCCAGUCCUAGAGUUCAGAUGCAGCAUACCUCCAUGGAUGCAGAUGAAUGUCUUGGUUAUCUGGAAGACAAGCACCUGCCACUUACUGCCAAUGAAAUUGGACUGGAAGGGGAACUGUGUGUCAGACUGGGCCUCAGUUGGAACAGAAUCCAACAAAUAUGGAAUGAUAA